AUGUCUCUGUCGGUCUGGGCAGAUAAAGAUGUCCCCCGUUCUACGCCAACAUCUCCCCUAUGUUCUCAAUACGAUGUUCUGGUCCCUAAGAAUCUGCUAUGGAAUACAGUCGGUGAGGUCGUUGGUACAGAGGAAUUCAAGGAUAGGGCUGUGAAUUGGCUAGCUGGUGCGAUUCGGAUACCCACUGAAUCCUACGAUGACUUUGGUCCCAUUGGCGAGGAUCCUCGUUGGGAAACCUUCAAACAUUUCCAUGAUUAUCUUCUUGAGGCGUUUCCGCUUGUUCAUUCAACCUUGUCCCUCACCAAAAUCAACACCCACAGUUUACUCUACGAAUGGACAGGAACGGACUCUUCUAUUAAACCCGUUCUUCUGGCUGCUCAUCAAGAUGUUGUACCCGUUGAACCACGAACUGCAGCAGACUGGACAUACCCCCCUUAUUCUGGGCACUUCGAUGGAACACGGAUAUGGGGUCGAGGCGCUAGUGAUGAUAAGUCGGGGCUGAUCAGCCUCCUGUCCGCCAUCGAAUUGUUACUGGAGGCAGGCUUCAAAGUGGAGCGUACUUUCGUUCUUGCGUUCGGUUGCGACGAGGAAGCUAGUGGGCAUUUCGGAGCUCUUCAGCUCGGAAAGGCAAUGCUAGAAAUAUAUGGCCCAAAUGCGUUUGCUUUUAUUGUUGACGAGGGAGGCGAUAUUUCUGAACAUUACGGAACAGUCUUCGCUGCUCCUGGAGUGGCCGAGAAGGGCUACUUAGAUCUUCGAGUUGAUGUAGCUUCUCCGGGAGGCCAUUCAAGCAUUCCACCAAGUCAUACAACGAUCGGCAUACUCUCCCAGCUUUUGGUAGAGUUUGAAAACAACCCUUUUCCUGUUGAGAUGAGCACCGACUCGGUAUUUUAUGGGACUUUACAGUGCUACGCAGGGCAUGGAAAGACUAUCCCCUCAGAUUUACGCAAAGCUAUCGUUCAUUCUGGGUCUUCAAAGAAAGCGCUCAAAAAGCUGGGCGAUAUCCUUUUCAAAAACCCUGCCAAUGUUGCACUUGUUGGUACGACGCAAGCGAUUGACUUGAUUCAAGGAGGGGUGAAGUCAAAUGCACUUCCGGAACAGGCGUAUGCAGUAGUUAACCAUCGAAUUUCCACACUAAGCUCUUUAGCAGAAGUCAUUGACCGUGACACUGAUACUCUGAAAGGUCUUGCAAACAAAUUCAACCUUAGUUUCAUCUCAUUUGGCAAAACCAUAUCAGACACAAGCGCGUCUAGCGCUUAUGGGAGUCUCGUUUUCAGCGAUGCCUUCAACAAUAGUCUUGUACCUGCGCCAACCACGCCGACAUCUGGAUCCAAAGCCCGUCCUUAUGAAUUACUAUCAGGCACCAUCCAGGCGACGUACAACGCUCAUCGCGGACUCGAACUUGAGAGUCACAAUGUUGUAGUUGCUCCUGGGAUGCCUACUGGGAAUACUGAUACCAGAUAUUAUUGGGACCUUUCGGACGGUCAGAUUUUGAGGUAUAAUCAUAGGAAUUCGAUGGCAUUCAAGGACGUAACGAGUGGUGUGCAUACUGUUGACGAGAAUCUGCCGAUUGAAGCGUUUUUGGAGAUGAUUCGGUUCUUCACUACAUUGAUUCUCAAUACGGAUGAAUCAAGAAGUGUAUAA